UUCACAUCAUCAUUUUCUUAUGCUACUCUUACUCUUUUUAUCAACAACUACUAAAAUGACUUCAUACAACAUUAUCGACUUUGGGGCAAAAAACGACAACAUAACGGACUCGGCAAACGCUUUUAUUGGUGCAUGGAAGGCGGCAUGCAGAUCGAUGGAGGCGGCGAAUGUGUCGGUGCCGGCCGGAAGGUUUCUCCUAAGCCGGACAUUGUUUGAAGGGCCUUGCAAUAACAGUGACAUAAGAGUGUUAAUUGAAGGUAUUAUAGUGGCUCCAUCAAAUUAUAGUGCAUUGAGAGAAUGGGUGACCUUCAAACAUGUUGAGGGAGUGUCCAUCUAUGGGGGUACCCUUGAUGCUCAAGGGCAGGCCUUGUGGGAUUGCAAGAAUUCUAGUAGGAGAUGCCCUGCUGGUGCCACUACAUUGACGGUAAUGCACUCUAACAACGUCACAAUUAACGGAGUGAAUCUGAUCAACAGUGAAAUGUUUCACAUGUCCAUCUAUGGAAGCAGUAACGUCACGGUGCAAGCCGUUAACAUAACGGCGCCGGGGGAUAGCCCUAACACUGACGGCAUCCACAUCCAUAUGUCUAGCGCCGUCACCGUAACGAAUUCCGUUAUUAGCACUGGUGAUGACUGCAUCUCGAUGGGCCAUGGUACUAACGCCGUUUGGAUUGAAAACAUCACAUGCGGUCCUGGUCAUGGCAUCAGCAUAGGAAGCUUAGGAGGAGGAGCAACGGAUGAAGCCGGGGUGGCCAAUAUAACAGUAAAAACCGUCAUUUUCUCUGGCACCCAGAAUGGAAUACGUAUUAAAACAUGGGCAAACCCUAUUGCUGGUUUUGUCACCAAUGUUACAUUUGAAAACAUCACUAUGAAUUUCGUUGAUAAUCCUAUCAUUGUUGAUCAAAACUACUGUCCUAGAAAGACCAAUUGCCCUAACAUGACCUCUGACAUCGCAAUAAGCCAAAUUUCAUACAUGAACAUCACAGGAUCAUCGGCGACGCUAGUGGCUGUGAAGUUUGCCUGUAGUCCUACAAAACCUUGUAGUGGAAUUUCAAUGCAAAAUAUCAUGCUAACAUAUGAUAAUAAGCCAGCAUUGGCUUUGUGUCAAAAUGUUAAUGGAACUACAGUUGGUCUUAUUGUGCCAGAGAGUUAUCUUUAAGGGGAGUUUUAAAAAAAAUAAUUAAUUCUUAUAUACACCAUAAUGUCUUACAUCAAAACUAUUAAAUAUGUGUCAAAUGGCACCUAUUUGUUAUUUUGGUGUACAACAAAAGGUGUUAAUAAGAAUAAGAUAUUGUAGUUUAAAGUGAGGGAUGGUAGUUAUCUCCGGCUAGCUGGAGUUAGUGGUCUAGCUAGAUCCUGUGAGAGUCAAUGUUUAAGAUUAGCUUCAUCCCCACUUUCAAUUUAGUUAGUUGGC